AUGGGCAACAUCAAAGUAGUGAUUGGUCUCAAACUGGACUAUGCAUACACAAAAAAAGCAACCAUUUCUGUUUGGAGACCAGAUCUAGUGAGACAAGAGAACGGAAAGAUCAAAUUGUCUGCACAACAGACAAUUGUAGAACGGGCGAGUCUUACCAAUUGCAUUCCAUCACGUCAAGCAAAGUUUCUAACCUUCUACCAGAUCUUUCGGAAUGAGGACGGAACACCAAACAACGAGAGACUAGCAGGUCUUCAUCUGGCCCUCAAGGAUUUCGCGCCUGAACCAUUGACGAAACAGUUUGAAGAGAACGAACUUCUUUUCAUACCCUCCCAGAUUCUGUGUCAAUACCUCGACGAAGCUGACGAAGAGGUUUGGAUGAGGGAGAAUAACGGCGGCGUGGUAAAUGAUGACACAUAUGAUUUGGAGAGGGAUCAAUCGAGCAGUCCACCAGAGGAAAUCGACGACCCCAGCAGUCCACUAGAGGAACUCGAUGACACCUACAUUCCCAUAGAUAGCGAUAGCGACUAG